CCAGAAAGAUUCAGGAUUGGCAUUUGAAGGUUCACGAACCGAUCGUAUUCAUAGGAGAUUCCAAUUUGGCUCGUAUUCCACAGUUUUAUAAUCCUUUGGUACAGAUACAGUUUUCCGGGUGCUAACUUCUUACACAUCGCUAAGGUCUUGCAGAAACUGACACCUAAUCCGAACACUCAGAAGGUAAUCCUGGCUUUGGGCAUCAACAACAAAGAACAACUGGUCCAACAGACAUCUAAGAAACAGUUACAAGAAUUGUGGAGAUCGGCGGCGACAGCUUUCCCCAAUGCGAUGGUCUAUACCCCUGUGAUCCACUUCUCUGAUCUGCUCCCUGCCUCUCAACAGAAAAACCUUAAGAAACUCAAUGAGUUUAUUUGUACCAGUACUAAGUUUCUUACUGAACUUUCCCCUCUUAGGUUUAGGGUGAACCCUAAGGAUCCGGUCCACUGGACUAGGCAGACGGCGAUCGACAUUUUGGCACAUUGGCUGGACCAAUUAAACUACUAGAUUCGGAAAAGUGUAUCUCGGUUCAACACACCGUACGAAAUAACAUUUAUUAACCUCUCUAGAACAUUUAUACUUACAGAUUCGCAGGAGCAGCUCCUGAGCAGGGGUCUGACUUUUGUGCCGACGCCACGGAGGGUGGUUCCUGGAGAGCUCUUGGAAGACGUCCAUGCCUUUUAAUAGAACGUUGAAAUUGUUAGACUAUUUUGAUUAUGAAUCGGAUAUAGAACGUUUACCCUUUCUUAAUAAAUCAAAUUGGACCCCCAAGAUUGAGACAAUUUCUUCACCCAUUUCAAAACUAGUUCAGAAUAAUUACAGGACAGUUACCUUAUUAAAUUCUCCAUUGUUGGAUAGGGACAAUUUGGAUCGACAUCAGAGAUUAGCUUUGACACAAUUGAAGAACAACAAAGAUAUUGUUAUAAAACCUGCUGACAAAGGCUCGGCUGUAGUCAUAUUGGACAGACAACAAUAUUUGUUGGAAGCUCGUCGACAACUUGACAAUCCAGAUCAUUAUAUUCGAUUACCACACUCGAUACAGAAUCAAACGCAGUCUUUAUUGAUUGUCUUCCAAAAAUUACAGACUAAAGGUUACAUUAAUCAUAAACAAAAAAUGUACCUCAUAGGACCGAAUCCACCACGGCCACGAUGCUUCUAUCUGCUUCCCAAGGUACACAAAGAUCCUAAGGCAUGGACGAUCCCUUUCGAGGUUCCCCAGGGCCGCCCUAUCGUGUCCGAUUGUGGCAGCGAGUCGUACAAUUCAGCACAAUAUGUCGACCAUUUUUUGAAUCCACUUUCUCAAAUUCACGACAGUUAUUUAAAAGACGCGUAUGAUUUCAUAGAGAAGAUUCGGGACAAAUCCUUUCCUGGUCAUGCUUUUCUCUUUACAGCUGACAUCGAAUCACUUUACACCAACAUUGACACUCGAUUGGGCCUUGAGGCAGUCAGAGAGUGCUUCAAUAGACAUCCAGACCCUUGUCGGCCGGAUGAUCUUAUAUUGCAGCUGUUGGAGAUCAACCUGACCAGGAAUGAUUUCGAAUUUGAUAAACAGUGUUAUCUACAGAUCCAGGGUACGGCGAUGGGUAAGAUGUUCGCUCCUUCUUAUGCCAAUAUCUAUAUGGCUUAUUGGGAGCGGACAUUGCAAUCCAAAUUUACGGAAAGGCCUGCUCUCUAUUUCAGGUAUUUGGAUGACCUCUUUGGUGUCUGGUCCCACGGCCCUGAGUCAUUCGAUCGGAAAAACCAGAACUUGAAGGAUUUGUUGGUCAGAUCUUCGCUUCCUUCGGAUCCUGUGGCAGCACCUCCGACUUGGACAAAGUAUUUCCGCCAGCCUAAAGUCCUGUGGACCGAUCCUAGGGGACAUGUUGCUUUACCUCGCAUAACCUUAUUGACUCGGAAUGUUGUAUAUUUGAUAACCUGUACUCAUUGUGCUCACCGAUAUGUGGGGGAAACGGGCAAUACACUACAGACACAACUGAAACAACAUCUUCGUAACAUUAACCUUCAGAAUCUCAACACACCAUUAGUAAAACAUUUUGCUUCUAUAGAUUUGUCUUAUUUCAUUAUUUCUGGAUUGGAGGCGAAUUUUCUAUGGUCUUUUGGGGAAAGGAAACGGAGGGAGAUGGUUUGGAUAAGGGAUUUGAACACCUCUCUUCCGUGUGGGUUCAAUAUUGGGGAUCGGGUAUGGGCUGAAGUGGGAGAUCCUGUUUGGUAAUUCAUGGUCUAGAUUGUACACCCCCCCCCUCCUUUCUGUUUUCUUUGAAGUGAUGUGAUGGUAUAUUUGACUUUUGGAGUGAUUAGUAUGAAAUUUGAUGGUUGGCACUUAUACUUUAGCACUUGGAGACCAUGUAGAGCCAUACAGAUUCACCGUACUGAAUAAUAUCCUCCCAAUCCUGGUUUCCAUUUUCCUUUUUUUUUUUUUUUUCUCUCUAGUCUUCAUUUUUGGUCGAGUCGGAUUUUGUCGUCC